AUGAAAAGAUAUGAGCUUGAGAAGGAUAAUGUUGCAACCUUGUUGAGGAAAGCAAAGGGUAAGAUUGCCUUAACUACUGACAUGUGGACAGCUGACAACCAGAGAAAAGGUUAUAUGGCGGUCACCUCACAUUUUAUUGAUAAUACAUGGAAGUUGCAAAGUCGGAUCAUAAGGUUUUUAUAUGUCCCCGCCCCUCAUACUGCUGAGGUUCUUGCUGAUGCUUUGAAAGAAAGCAUUCAAUCAUGGAAUCUUGAUCUUAGGUUGUCUUCUAUAACCGUGGAUAAUUGUUCAACUAAUGAUGCAAUGAUGGAAAUUUGA